AUAAGUUAUGUAGUUGUUAUGCGGUCGGUUGUCUCGCUCAUUUUCGGUGCUCGUGCGUUUUGACUGAACAUGUCGGCUUUAAAAUUAGUGUUGGCUUAUUCCUCCAAAGUGCUGACGACGCUGAAACAAAAGUCGCACGUCACUUCCAUCCAGAGGACUUUCGUCCUGACCAGACUGCCCCUCUCCAAACGCGCGGAAGGUAAGUUCAUCACCUUUGGGCGACAGUCGAGCUCCACAGCAGCCGGAGCGGAAAAGGCAGAAGACUCUUUCUUCAAAUGGUUCCUGCUGCUCAUCCCCGUCACCACCUUUGGCCUCGGCACGUGGCAGGUGAAACGGCGUCAGUGGAAAAUGCAUCUGAUCGACGAGCUGACGAGACUCACCACAGCAGAACCCAUCCCUCUUCCUCUGGAUCCCAAUGAGCUGAAAAGCCUGGAGUACCGGAGGGUGCGAGUGCGCGGGCGGUUCGACCACUCGCACGAGCUGUACGUUCUGCCGCGCUCGCCGGUCGACCCGGAGAGAGAGGCCAGAGAGGCGGGCAAGCUGGGGUCGAGCGGGGAGACCGGCGCCAACGUCAUCACUCCGUUCCACUGCGCUGACCUCGGCAUCACCAUCCUGGUGAACAGGGGAUACGUCCCGAGGCAGAAGAUAAGACCGGAGACCAGGAUGAAGGGGCAGGUGGAAGGGGAGGUGGAGGUGGUCGGGGUCGUUCGGCUGACGGAGCAACGCAAGCCCUUCGUACCGAACAACGACGUGGAGAGAAACCACUGGCAUUACAGAGACCUGGAGGCCAUGGGCGGCGUCACCGGAGCCCAGCCCAUCUUCAUCGAUGCAGACUAUCGGAGCACAACUCCUGGUGGACCAAUAGGAGGACAGACCAGAGUCACCCUGAGGAACGAACACCUGCAGUACGUCGUAACGUGGUACGGCCUGUGUGCAGCAACCUCCUACAUGUGUUAUGUAAAGUUCAUCAAGAAGAUUAAAUUGUGAUGUUGAAUGAGUGACCCUAGAUUGUAUUUUGUUUUAAAUAUUAGCUAAAAACAGCUGAUGCUCUUGAUUUGUGCAUUUUCUGCUCUGGCCUGCUGUUAAUUCAGUGACACUUACGAGGUGGAUUGUCGUUUGAGAGAAUAAAUGUAUUUAAAUUA